AUGCACUCCAUGUCAGAACCGCCCGAGAUCUUCACCACCCCGGCCGAGAGCCAAUCCGGGUCGGCAACGUUCCAAGAGAGUUGGAGUUUUCUAGAAGACGUGAAAAAGCGAUUCGAUGCGACUCAGCCCGAAGUGUACGCGGCCGUUAUCAACGCUCUCAGCAGCUUUUACACAACCACGCAGAAAGCAACGGGAGUCGUCGAUAAGACCCUGAUGGAGGUGCACGAGACUGUGAAGGCGCUGCUUCAGGGCCACGCGGAUCUGAUCGAGAGGUUCGAGAGCAGCCUCCCUCAGGAUUACCUCGACCGCCGCCGGAGGACGCUGGACAACGAGAGGCGAAAGGCCCCAUCCCAUUAG